UAUUAAAAUACAUAAAAUUUUUUGUAAAUUGAAAUGUUUUUAUAAAUAAUUUUGUUAUUUUUUAGUUAAGUUUCUUUUUCAAAAAAAAAAAAGGUGUUCUUUUUAACCAUUUAUAUGGUAUCGUGAAGGGGGAUCUAUCAGCUGAAGUUAUGCGUAGAAUUCAUGAAGAGGGAUUGACUUUUGAUUCCUUUGUUUUGCUUAAUGAAGAAGAUCUUAGAGAGCUGGGUUUAAAGAUGGGUGAGCGAAAGCUUUUGAUGUCUUGGAUAAAAUCAAGUGUAAAUUCUCAAUCUUCCACAGAAUGUUCAUCAACUAUGAAUCCAACAUCUGUAUCAACACCAGCUGCAAUAAUGCUACCACUACCUGCCCGUGAUGUUGUAGUUGUUGAGUCACAGGUUUAUGCUAUCGAGGAGUUAUUAUGUAACUAUACUAAGGGAGGAACUAAAAUAGUUGAAAAUCUGAAACAAGGCAUCUACUACACAAGAUCGGAACGUGUGUUAAUGAUUAAAGUCCUUGGCAAAUACCUGAUGAAAAAUUGUUUAAUUCAAAAUGAUCCUAGUUCAAAAGAAAUGACAAAUUUGGCAAAGAGUAUUGUCAUGGAAUUUCCGGUUCUAUUUUCCAAAACCACACCAAACGGAUAUGAAGAGAUCUACUGUGCAAAGGGUGCCACUGGUUACCUUGCCCAAUAUGUGCGGCAAAAACGUCACAGAGACCCAUUUAUUAAAAAGCAUUGGACUUGGCGAAAAAAUAGAGUUACCAUUACUAAUCCUUUAUCAAACAUUGAUGAUGAUGAGCGUCGUCUUCAAGAAAGUAGACCAACGGCGGUUAACCUAUUUGAGUUAGUGCAGCUCAUGCAUAACACUAGAGAGCAUAGACGAGCUUGGAUCAAUACUUGCAAUCCUGAUGCCACUAGUAUUUUAAACAGAUUCCCUCGUUUAUUUGAUGUAAGCGAGUUGAUUAGCAAAGAGUUUGCAGCGAUUGCAGGCGAAUUUUUUUCUCUGCGAGUUGCUAUGCUAUCUUUUCGUCAAAAGAUACUUGUUUACUCUGAAAAUCUUAAAGAUGCAACAAAUGUUAAGAGCGUACAAAUCUAAUGAAUUUGAUGAAG